AAAUAUUGUUUGCAGAGUAUACGGUGUGGUGGAUGGAACAGAAUUAACAUGUCAGAAAAUUCGACGAAUGACGAAUACGCCCACGUCUCCAAAGGACCCUUGAAAUUGAAAUGUGACUCGGCAGUGGUGAAAAAAAAGAAGAAGAAGAAACAAAAAGAGCAAAAGACGAUAGAAAUGGCAAAAAUCAUUGAUGAGGAAAAAUCCAAAUCGGUUGAUCUCAAAAGAACCAAGGCGGAGCUAGCCUUCCAGAAGAUGCAAGAGAAAAUGCAAACAGAACGGAUAAAACAAAAAGCAUCAAUGACACACAAACAGCGAGUGGAGGAAUUUAACAGACAUUUGGACAGUCUAACAGAACACUUUGACAUACCAAAAGUCAGCUGGACUAAAUAAAUAUACCAGUUUUCAGGAGAUAUCACUUUCAAGUUGCUGUGUAGAAUUGUAAUAAAAAUUUAUUCCAAAAUAUAUUUUUUGCAUAACAAUAUAGUGCUAAUCGAGUGAUUCACAAUACAAGGACUCACAAUUAUCAAAAAAAUGUCCUACCUCAUAACUCUAUUAAAAUGUACUCUUCAAAUGUUAAAGUGUACUAUAUGUAUAUUCCAAUUUAUUGGAUAAUGGUCUAAUAUUCUAUAUUUCACUGAUAAACUAUGUGUAAUAGUCGUAACUACCACUGAAAAUAGUCGUAAUUUUAUUGCAGUGAAAAAAUGUUGAGUCGUAAUUGUGUAGGAUAUAAAUCCUAACACGUUUGUCUAAGAUAUACACGUCUGAGAUGUUGAGGCAUUGGACUUUUUCAGUAGAAAUACUAUCGUUAGCUGAUCUAAUAAUAAUGGACGGACAGAAGUAUGUACUUAUUUCCUAUAAAAAAUAGAACUAAGAAUCAAAUUUAUGGAAAUUAUACAAAUAGACUGGACUUUUUCAGUUGCAGUCAUACUAUCGUUAGUUGUUCUAAUAAUAAUGGACGGACAGGAGUAUGUACUUCUUUCCUAUAAAAAAUAGAACUAAGAAUCAAAUUCAUAGAAAUUAUACAAAUAGAUUGUGGGCUGGUACGCCUUACUUAUUCUGUAACAAAUAUAUAGAUGUCUCUACCGAUCUCACUGAUUGUUUAGAUUGAUCAAUAAAUCGUCAAUAUUAAAGUUCAAAAA